GUUGCGCGUGCGCAAUCAUGGCGGCGUGACCACGCCCAGGCCUGUGCUGGGACCCAGCGUCCGCACUGUAGCGGACGCCUUUACGGAAAAGGUCUAAGCGCGGCUAAGACAGUCACCUUUGGCUUUUGCACCCAACCAGAUGAUUUGCCUUCAGGCUCCCAGCCUUCAAAGUACUGCACUUGAUCGUUUAUCAGUAUUGAUCCAGGCUCUUCAGUCAAGAGUAUCACAAAGAUUAAUGUUACUUCAACAAAUGGAGAAUAAAUUUCUAGAUGAAAACAAGGAAAAGGCAUCUCAGAUACAAGCAGCUCAAACUGCUCUUAAAAGGAACCUUAGUCUUUUAAAGGAUAUAGAAGCAGCAGAAAAGUCUCUACAGACCCGGAGUCACCCAAUUCCAUCACCAGAGGUGGUUUCUCUUGAGACUCUUUACUGGGCAUCAGUAGAAGAAUAUAUUCCCAAGUGGGAACAGUUUCUUUUAGGAAGAGCACCAUAUCCGAUCGGUGUUGAAAAUGAAAAUGAAGCAGAAAAAUACCACUCAAAAUGAGGCGCAGUGAUAACUUCUUCACAUGCUCUUUCAAAACAACCUGUUUAGUACAGCUGAAUAUUAAAGAAUAUGCAGAUCAUUUCAGGAACUUUAGGAAUCGAGUACGUUCCCAGUGUCCCAUUACCUUCUCAAUGACGGUCAGGAUCUGACAAUCUGCUGACGAGUCUCAGGUUGUCACUUUGAGACCUACUAGUAGUUCCAGGUCAAGAAUUUGCCUUCUGCCAAAUCCAUGGAAGUGUUAGUGUUAAAAGCUUAUACUGAAAGGUGGACUGUUUAUUAAACAAGUCGCUAAACAA